UGGUCAAACCCAUCCAAGUCAACUUUGUUCAUGUACUACCAUUGGGUCAUUAAACACUUCUAUGAAAGCAGGGCCAUUGAUGUGCCUUCUCCUUUCAGCACUCAAGCUCCAAUUUUUUCAGGCUUCAGUCCAUUGCUGUGUCCACUACUUCCAUUUCAAGAUUGAUGUUUUCCUGAAAUCUGCCCACAUUAUACCAUAUGCCACCUGGUCUGCCCUUAAAAUUUGUUUGAAAUGAAGGUCAGACCACAACUUCCCAGUCCUGAUAUGCUAGCAAUUCCUAUCCACCUAGAGCCAUGCACCUAGCACUGUAGCAUGAACAUGGCACUAGUACAGGAGAUGGGCUUCAGUGCUUGGUACCAAUGAAGUGGUUGUUGAGGGACAUGAAAAAUAUUGGCUGCAAGUUUGCAAUUUUGGCAUGUCAAGGUGGUCAAGAUGAUCCUUUACCAGCAUCUCUUGUUUACUAUUGUGAACAUGGGGAGAAUGUGUGUUUACUCUCAAUGACCUGUAGGCCUGCUAGAUGCCUACAUGUGUUCAAGUAUGUAUUUCAAUUAAUUCCAAGAUGGUGUCUUGCUCUAGCACACUAUGGCUGUGAUACCUCAAUAUGCCAUACCAGCAUGGCCCUUCAAUGUCAUCAAAUCUCAUCCAAGACUAUGGAGGUUGCGAAAUACCCUUAUAGUGCCUUCAGUUGGAGUUGCAUCCAAGCUGUUCCUUGAGUACCUGUGCAAGACAGUGGUGCACAACCGGGAAGCCUUGCUGGAUGCUGUGGGAAACCGGCAACCGGGCCAGGGCCUGAUCACAGUCAGCAACCAUCAUUCCUGCAUAGAUGACCCUGCCCUAAAUGGGAUGCUGCAGUGGCGCCACCUGUUGAGUCCGGACGUGAUGCGCUGGUCGCCGGCCGCCCACGACAUCUGCUUCACCCGGCCUCUGUACGGCUGGUUCUUCUCGUCCGGAAAGUGUGUGCCGAUCGUGCGCGGCGAGGGCGUCUACCAGAGGGCGAUGGCGUUCCUGCUGGAGCGUCUGCAGCUGGGCGACUGGGUGCACAUCUUCCCGGAGGGCCGCAUCAACAUCGAGCACGCGCACCUGCGCCUCAAGUGGGGCGUGGGCCGGCUGGUGUGCGACUGCUCGCUCUGUCCGCUCGUGCUGCCCUUCUACCACCUGGGCAUGGACGCGGCGCUGCCCAACCGGACGCCGUACGUGCCGCGGCCGGGGCAGCGCGUCACAGUGCUGGUCGGCCGGCCGCUGGAGCUGGCCGCCGAGGUGGCGGAGCUGCGGAGGCGGCGCGCCACCGCCCGGGAGGCGCGCCAGACCGUCACUGACCGCAUUCAGAGCGAGCUGGAGCGGCUGCGCACUCGGGUCAAUGUUGCUCCGGCCGGCGGACUCCCGUAG